UUCAAGGUUCAACAGGAAAAGCAGCUGCUCCAAACUUUCUCUUCACGUCUGAGACAUCUGAAGAAAACCUUGAGGAUGGCUGAGAGAAGGUUGACCGCAAAGACUUCAGCAGAGCUGGACUUCCUGCAGUUUAAUGAUCUCGCCUGUGAGACAGUCGGAGGGAAGGUUAUUUUUGCCACAGAUGAGUGGUUUGCUCCAGCUAAAAACCUGCUAAAGAGAGAGCCUCCGCAAUUCAUCGCAUCUGCCUUCACAGAAUUUGGAAAAUGGAUGGAUGGCUGGGAGACGAGGAGGAAGAGGAUACCUGGUCAUGACUGGUGCAUCAUUCAGCUGGGAGUUCCUGGUCUGAUUUAUGGAUUUGAUGUCGACACGUCUUUCUUCACUGGAAACCACUCUCCUUACGUCUCCAUCCAGGCUGCCUGUCUCGAUGAGCUGCCGCCCUUCACUCCCGGGGAAGAUCGGACUGGCAUGGCCGCCACUGAAACACAGAUUGCUGCUGUUGCCAAGUUUUAUGAUCGACAGCUGAGCUCGGAGGCUUGGCCAGAGCUGGUGAGCGUGUCGGAGCUGCAGCCUGGAUACUCAGACUGUUGUCACAACUACUUCAGGGUCAGCUUUAAGAGGAGAGUCACGCACCUGCGCCUCAACAUGUAUCCAGAUGGAGGAAUAGCCAGACUGAGGGUGUUUGGUAUCGGGAUGCGCGAUUGGUCUUCGGUGCCCAUUAACCAGGAUGUCGACCUAGUAGCGCUGACCAGUGGGGGAGUCUGCCUCGGCUACAGCGACGCCCACUUUGGACACCCACGCAACAUGAUUGGACUUGGACUAGCUGCCAACAUGGCUGACGGAUGGGAAACAGCCCGCAGAUUAGACCGACCCAAAAAGCUGAAGGCAGACCAGCGGGGAAUCCUCCGGGUGCCUGGCUGGGAAUGGGCCGUGUUUCGUCUCGGCCAUCCUGGACUGAUCAGCAGCAUCGAGGUCGACACCAACCAUUUCAAAGGUAACUUCCCGGACUCCUGUCGGAUCGAAGCGUGCCUUUUAACCCCAGAAGAGGAGAUGCGGUGCAUCCAAACCAGAUGGAACUCUGGGAAAUGGGAGGUUCUCCUGCCACCUCAGAAGCUACGUCCUCAUCAAAGACAUCACUACAGCAAAGCAGAUCUGACACUGAAUCGUCCUGUUAGUCACGUUCGGCUCAUCAUCGCUCCUGAUGGGGGUGUCAGCCGCCUCCAUCUGUGGGGUCGGCUCAUAUCGGUCACUGGAGCUCCAGCCAAUCAGAACAGACCGUCAUCCAAACUCUGACACAGUUCAGGGUUGAUUCAACGUCACUGAGCUGAACACACAAGAGUUUUGAAGAUCUUUUUCAAGACUUGCAAGUGCAAGAGAAAAUUAGUUUUAAUGGGCUAAAGGCUUUACCUAUUUGUUAAAUCUGGAAUAGGAAAAAUGAAUGGCUGUAAAAUAACAAACCCCUAUAGAACUUUGCCAGGAUUCCGGGGAAUCUCUUCAUCACAAUGAGAAAAUGUCUCUUUUGUUUCACCACGUGCUGUAGUGCUUGUUGCUUGAAGGACCGUCUUUAUGUCCACAUUUUAAUGAUCCCUCUCUAGUGCAGAGACAGAGACACAGAGGACAGCACUGCUUCCAUUGUUCCACCAAAGUCAUUUCUAAACAGGAGAAAAUCGUUGGUCUGGAAUGCUCCAGGUUCAGGUGUCUGGAUCUUCUUCACUUUGAAUUUGGAAUCUGGUUAUUAUUACAAACAGGGUUGCUCAAAAGGUUUUUGGAGGUUGAAAUGCAUGUCCAAAACGUGAAGACCAAAACAUGAAGAUCAAGACUUGAAGGUCAAAACAAAAACUGUUGCAGCAACCGUGGUCCAACCGGGUGAUUGAUCCUGGUUGACUCAGACCAAUUUCUGUGUUAAUGAAAGAUUCCUGAGAGUCCUGUUCUGAGGAUCAUGCUCACUCCACCUGGACCAUGUCAACCAGGGCUAAUCAACAAAUACUUCAUACUCCAGGUAGAUUUGGAUUAAAAACUAUUUUCAUCCAAUCAAGAAGUUGUUUUCUGAUUGGAAAAUGAAACAGGCAUCUACCAAAAUACAACAAAUAAAAAGGGUUUCACUUUGACAAAAUCCAAAUCUGUUUUAAUCCACAUUUGAACAAAAAAAGCUCAUUGCUAUAAUUAUUCAUACCCUUCAUAGCAAUCAAUGGAGAAGACUUUAUUGGCUAUUACAGCAACCAAAUGUUUCCCAGAAUUGUUGACAUGACAGAUGUUUUCCAUGUCUCCAGCCUAAAGUCUUUGAGGUUUGGCCUCUCUGCCACCACCCUAAUGUUGAGCUCAGUCCACUGAUUCUCUGUCAGAUUCAAGUCAGGACUCUCCACAUUGUUAAUAUUUUUGUGGGCUAACCAUUUCUUCAUCACUUGGCUGUGUGUUUUGGGUCAUGCUGGAACAUCUAAUAGUUCCUCUGCAGACUGCCUGAUGUUGUUGAGAAUCUUAAUGAAGUAUAACAUGAUGCCGUUGACUUUGAUUAGGUUGCUUGUCUCCUUAGCUGACCCCCCCUCCCAACACAACCACACAUGUUUAUUAUGUGAUCCAUUAAUAAAAGUGAGGUAAUAUUUACAAGAAAAAAGAAGCCAAUAUUGGAGUAAAAAUGUGAGAGACCUUAAAAGACAAAAGCAGUAAAGACAAUUAUGGAUUUAGCUAAUUACAGAUAGAAAUAAAUAAAUCUUCUUUAUUUUCAUCCAACUUGAAACAACCUCUCUUACAAGAAGCAACUCCCUGAUCUCUGAUUGGUCCAUCAGGAACGUUUAUCCACUUCAGGCUCAGCUUUUCAACACCACAGACAUUUGUUUAAAUUUAAGUUUAUUGGCUUCCUCUCCUCCAGCUGCAUUUUCUUCCCAAUUAUUAAUGUGAAAUAAACAAUUGGAGGUCAGGUGAGUAACGAUCAAUGAUGGCUUCAUUUUCUUCCUCAGACUUUAGUUGUUAAAAAAAUGGCAUUGAUUUUGCCUUAAUUGAUUUCCUUUAGUCUUUUCCUCUAUUGCUAGUUGUCACCAAUCUCUCUGUAUUUUUAUGGCUCUUCUGGUUUCUUCAGAACCUGCAGCAGCUUUGAUUGAAUGAGGUGUUGAGUUGUUGGCACUGAAAUGUGUCACCUGACAUAUUCUGCAUCAUUUCAACUGUGGCGGCAGGCUUUACCAACAGACAAGUUUGUCCAUCUUUCCUGAAGGACUAAUGUGCUGAUGCAGUUUGUUCAUUUUUCAGCCUGCUGUGUUUGAACAUCUGAAACUCCGCCCACAUCACACACAGCUCUGAGCCCGAACAUGACCUUAGACCCCAUCUUGGCAGCUUCAGCAGUAAGGCAGCCACAUUUGUCAGGUGCUCAGAUGUUACUGAAAUUACAGUAAUUAGCCGCGCUGUGUGGCCUCAAUGUGUUUGUGUUUGUGUGUGACUGCUGGCUUUGACCUCAUUGAAGCCCUUCCACUGACUUUCCACCUCAGCAUGUUUUCGCCAGAUGUUGGACAUCACAGGAAAAAUGUCCACAACUCAGAAUGUAUUGUUUUUAUUUUUUUGGUUUGUUCCACAAGUUCUUUUUUCUGAAUUGUAUUUCCAGACAAAAUAAAUAAUUGAAGGCC